AUGGACCUCAACGUUUGUCUAGCAGCGCAUGAUUUUGCAAGGGCUUUUCGCUUCGCCUACAAGCUCAGGGACUUGUUCGGGGGGUUGGAUCUGGAGCAGAAGCAGGCAUACUUGAUUGCGCUUCGCGGAUGCACUGCCGCCACUCUCGUGCUCGAAGGCUGCCCGGGCACCGGCAAAUCUAACACUCUCCGCGCCAUCUGCGUCGCAAUGGUCCUCAUGGGCUAUCACGUCUACGUCAGCGCCCAGUCCAACAAUGGCGUUGACGCGGUCUUUGAGAAGGUCGCCAAAUGGGCACAGGAGAACCGCCUGCAAUGGAUCGGGGAGGUCGUUUUUUGUCGCGUGGGAGCCAGUACCGUCGAUGAAUCGCUCUUCAAGGGACUCAACCGUCACUGGGCAGACCCCAACUUCGAUGAAGACUACUCCGAUGGAAUGAUCAGCUCUAUCUCUGGGGUCAACAUCUCCGACUGA